GUUAUAAGACGCUCUGGGGAGAAAAUAACGUUAAAUCUGAAACGUACAGUCCGUUAUAGCUCCGUACUGUCAUCUGCAUUCAGGUGCAUCAUGGGACCUUUGAUCCAGCAAGUCUGUUUGGUAACAUUUCUUAUCUUUUUUCCCUGUUCAUCUGCUCAAGUUACAGAUGGAACAGAGACUGAGAGCCAAUCAACUUCCGGGUCAACCUGUGUACUGUAUGGUUUGAAUUCCACUGUGUGGUUUGCUGGAUGUGUUACAUUUGGGUCUAUUAUUUUCCUGGGACUGGGUUUCGUGGUAUGGCAUAAGUGCUGUGGAGCAGAUGCAAGUCAAAAGCUGCUGGGAAGAUUUCAUGUCGUUGAAGGACAGGAUACAAAAAUCUCUCCCCAUACCAAGACGCCUAAGGCAGUUUCAAUGAACGAUACGAAUACGAGUUUGGACCUCCCACAUAAUGAGGCACGCUCACAUGAAGUGGAUGUUGUUCUAGAUGGAAAAACAGCUCACUCUCAGCUGAAGAUAUCACACAAUGGGAAAGUUGUGGAGUGGGUGACACAAAAAGGAGAACCACAGACAGAGAUUGACAAGAAUGACAUUGACAAGCAUUUUGAUGAAGACCCCUACGUGUUGGGCAGUAUGGGCCGUGCUAUGAGGGCCUACUGGGAGGUGUGUGUAAAGGAGAACAAGGACUGGGUACUUGGUGUUACCAGGGCAACAGCUAACAGGAAAGGACAGUUGGUUCUCAGCCCUGACAAUGGCUUCUGGGUAGUCAGGAUCUCCAAUGGCGAAAACCUUAAAACAUUCAUGGGUGAUGAUGUCCUUAAAGAAAGAAUUCCACACCGAGUGGGUAUCUAUGUGGAUUAUCAGGAAAGGAAAGUGACUUUCUACAAUGCAGAAGACAGCUCACUCAUCUACUCAUUUACCAACGGACCAAGUUAUGAGGAUGAUGUCCGCCCACUUUUCUCACCCUGGAAGUAUGAAAAACAGCCUAUCACAAUUUUGUCCAUUGAAACUAAAUACUGGAAAUAAUGUAAAA